AAGCUCUUGUUAAAAGGAUUUUGUAGUAUUUUUUUUGUUUGGAUUUUGUAGUAUUUUGAUUCUAGGGUUUGUGCUUUGUAAUGAAAUUUAUUGCUUCACCUUCAACGUCAGGGUAAUGUUUCUGCAUUCUGAAUGAUCGGAAAGGUGAAAGUGAAACGCAGUCAAUCAAAUGCCUGCUCCCUUUCGAUCCGGAAUUGGAUUGCAAAGGGGAAACGCCCAAUUCUACUUUAUCAAUCCAUUGAGAAACAAAAUCCCCACAUUUCAGCAACCGAAAACCCUAAUUUUCCGAAUGGUAAAUCAAUCUGGGUCUACAAGGAGACCCACUUGCCCAUCAUGCUCCAAACCGACGCCCAUUUGUCUAUGUAACCGACUCCGCUCUCCUGCUCUCCAUAACUCUGUUACUGUCACCAUUCUCCAACAUAGUCUUGAGAAAAAGCACCCUCUGAAUUCCACACGAAUCGCAACCAUUGGGCUAAAAUAUGUCGAUGUAAUUACAGUUUCCGAUGUUAAUUUACAAGCCCGGUUCUUUAUUCGGUUGCUCAACUCCGGUUGUAGAACGGAUGGGGUCAAAUGUGAUGAAGACAGCCAUCUGUUUGAUGAAAUGUCGAGUGAAGGAGAGAAUACUGAGUUUGUUGGCAGGGCCAUUUCAGGACUGCCGUCUGAAGAAGUAGCUCUCGUAGAUUCAGAAGCUACUGCUAUCAGUUUUACCAUUGGAAAAUAUGGAUUCAUUAGCUCCUUUAGUAAUCAUUGGAUGACACUGGAUGAAUGUCAGAAUAUGAGCUUUGAUCAGCUAUUGGCCUCAGAUAUAGCUGUCGAUGAUAUAAGAAAAGGGUUUGUUGUGAAGAAACUUCAGAUGCGGCCUAUAGAAGGGAGCAAUGAAUACGAAGAAAGUAAAGAAUUUGAAAUUGCAAUUCCUUCAGGAUCAGUGCUUUUAUUUCCAAGCGAACGAUCAAUCGACGUUGAGGCUGUGGAUUUUGAGGUUAAGAAUUUGAUCGUGUUGGAUGGAACAUGGGCCAAGGCCAAGAGAAUGUACAAUGAGAACCCUUGGUUGAGAUUCUUGCCGCACAUAAGGUUGGAUGUAGAUAAGUUGAGCUUGUACAGCGAUGUGAGGCAUCAACCAAGGGCUGGAUAUUUAUCGACGAUCGAGAGCAUUGUGUAUGCUAUGAAGGCCAUUGGGGAAGACUCUGAGGGAUUGGAUGGCCUCUUGGAUGUGUUUGAAUCCAUGAUUGGAGAUCAAAGGCGAUGCAAAGAUGAAAGGUUGAGCAAAGCUUCUGGGAAGUGAGCAUUUGAUUGAUUGUACUGCGUUUGGAUUUAGUCUCAUUUAUUACUGCCAUGACUUAGCUUAACAAAUGACCAUGAGAAGCAAUGCGGAAAAGGGACAACCUAGAGAUGGCCGUUCAUUCUGUUAGAAAAGAUGAAAACUAAGCCAAAUUUUUGCAUGGGUCAAGGUUGGUGGUGGAUUGUGUUGAAAAAGAUUCCAGACCUCAAAGCCUUUUGUUUCCACAGGUUGGCCAUCGAGUUCUGUAAUAGCCUUCCUUUGUGCACGAAAAUAAAGCUUGGAGGUUCAGAUCAGCGUUGGCUUGUGCAGAGGGAGUUUCUUUGGGGGAUUCAGUCCCUGCGACUGAAUCAAUUGGGAACGACAAAUUCAAAAUAGAAAGUAUAGCUCGUUCUUUCACCACUUCGGUUUCUUGCACAUUGCUACAUAAACAGUUAGUUGAAUAUUAAUUUGCCCAAUGGUUGAUGAA